UUCUACUGGUUGGAUUUCUGUCCCAGGGUGAUGAUGCAGUCACCUGUACCUCAGUCACCGUGUGUUAGUGUCAGGACGGAGAAGUACGUUUCAAUAACAGGAAGUCGGCACCAGAGCCCCAGGUCGAUCCAGUGACUCUCCGUGUCAACGAUGUCAACGUUGGACAGUCAGGAUAUCUGGAAAGCCGUAGGAGCAGCGGUGCUGGGCUUCAUCUCUGGCGUACCUGGAGGUUACCUUCUGUCCUCCACAAUGGCGGCAGAACUCGGUGGCCUGGGGCCUCCACCAGAAGACAUUAACAAGGGAGAAUCAGAGGCAGACAAAGGGCUCGUCACCUUCCUGACCCUCUUGAUAGCAAUGUUCCUGAUGUUGUUUCUGCCCAUGGCAGUAGGAGGAAUACUGUGCCUCGCUGCCUCCAUGGCAAUCAGGAAGGCUGGGGAGACGGAGCCGGACGCUACGGAGGUGGCAGCGGUCGUAACAGUGGUUCUGAUGGGGACCUCUGCUAUCUGCGGAGGUGUGGGGUUCCUCUUGGAAACAGCCGUUGGAGAACUGACUGACGUCCUCACCGUGUACCAAUACACGGUAGAAAUGGCUGUGAAAGUCAUCUUCAUCGUCGUGUCUCCUUUCAUGGCUGCGUUGGCUGCAGGGGUGUCGGUUCAGUUCGGUAAAGGAGCAGUCAAACUGAGGGCGGCAGCAGGCAUAGGAACAGGGAUUUUAGCAGCCUUGAAGUCCCAGUCUAUCCUGGGGCAUUGGGGCACGAUGGGGGCUCUGUUUGGUCCGGCGGCGGCUGCGGGGGUGGCUCUGUCUGCGGCUCUAAGGCGCAGCAGUAGCAGCUACGGGAAGGCAGGGAGACUGGGGGCCACACUGGGGGCCAUGUGCGCCACGUGGUUCGGGAGAUGGACUCUGAGUUAUUUCACGGUGUGGAUUUUAAUAUGGAUCUUUCUGAUUUCGCUGCUGUCCUUAGUGGUUGUGGAUCCCACCAGACCGGCUAAUCAAGGGGAAAGAAUCUCAGAUACAAUGUCAGCGGAGGAGAUAUAGUCUCUACAUGUUUCUUUAUACCCAUUUGAGACAGUAGGUGUGCUACCUGUAAAAAAAAAAAAAAAUCUAAGGCCAUGUUUAUAUGAGCCCCUUUCAUCGAAGCCCUUAGUGGCCACUCCCGAGUUGUUUUACUCCCGAGUGGCGCAGCGGUCUAAGUCACUACAUCUCAGUUGCUAGAGACGUCACUACAGACCCUGGUUCGAUUCCAGGCUGUAUCACAACCGGGCCGUGAUUGG